AUGCUUGAUAUUUUAUACCCUGUAGAAGGUUUAGAAGGAAAGGAAAUUUUACAAUUCGAAUCAAAUGGUUUUUUCAGUUUAGUUCUCACCACUGAUGGUGUUUACUCAUUUGGCUUUAACAAUAAGGGUCAAUUAGGUACUGCCGAUAUUGUUGACAGAAAUUAUGCAGUUAAAGUGAAAGGAUUUGCUGGAAACAAUAUUACUCAAAUUGCAGUAGGAAUAUCUUCUUCUUAUGCAAUUGAUACCAAUGGAAAAGCAUGGUCCUGGGGAAGCAACGAAUUUGGUCAGUUAGGAGACAGAACAGGAGGUGACAAGGCAAGACCUUUCUCAGUUUACAAUAAUGGAACAAUGUUUGGUAAAAAGCCAGUCAAGAUCUGUGGUGGUAACAGAUACGGAGUUAUAUUAACAAAGGAUGGUAUUCUCUAUUCAUUUGGUAACCAUGAUGUUGGUCAAUUAGGAAUUCCCUCAGUUUCAGUGUCGUACAAGUCUAUUGAGCCAGUGAAAGUUGUUUUGUCAGCCUUUGUAAAUUCCACAGUAAUUGAUGUUCAAUGUGGAUAUGACCAUGUUUUAGUAUUGUUGGCAGAUGGUUCAGUAGGUGCUUGGGGUAAUAACAAUUAUUAUCAAAUGGGUGACCAAUCAACAGCAAUAAGAUUUGUUCCAAAACUUAUUUCUCAAAUUCCUUGCAAAGUAGCAUCUAUUCAUACACGUUUCAAUACUAACUUUGCCAUUUGCAGAGACAAUACAAUCUACGCUUGGGGACGAAAUGAUAAUGGUCAAACUGGUUUAGGCACAAGCUAUAGUGAUGGUUCAGCCAUGCCUAAUGUAUUGGUACCAACAAAAUUAACAUUUGUUCCAGAAGGCAGAGUGGUAGAAAUUGCUACAACUCAAUUUCACACUGUUCUACUUACUUCUGAAGGAGUCUUCCAUGGGGUUGGACGUGCUGACACCAUGUUCAGAUCUUCCUCUUUCAAUCCAAACACUUUUUCUGUGUUAAAUGCAUACUUGAAAUCUGUUGUUCCUUGGCAAUUAAGAAAGAUACCAUAUUUUGAAACUGCAGACAGACUUUAUAUUUUGUUGGCUGACAAGGUAGCCCCAACAAGAAGCUACAACGGAUUCAACAUGUAUUUCAGAAAUAGAAAUGAGUCAGAAAAGGCCUGGAGAUUAGUAGAGUUUGACAAAGAAACGAACACAGGAUUCCCUGUUUCUAUAUACAGUACACAUUACUUGAAACUUGACGAAUAUGUAUACUUCUUUGGUGGAUUUAUUAAUGACCACCUAUCGAAUGCUGUUUACAGAGCUCCAUACAGUGAUGUUGAAACAGGUUGGGAGCUUUUACAAAAUGUCACAAUUCCGGUUCCGCUCGCUGGUGGAAUGACAGCAAUAAUCAAUAAUUUCUUUUACAUCUUUGGCGGAAUAUCAAGCUUGUACAAUAGUACCACAGGUGAAUAUAGACCAGAAGUAUCUGAUAUCAUAAUGAGAGCCCCUUUGUCCAAUAUUUCUGACUGGCAAAUAGUUCCAAACAGAAAUUUGGUGACACCCAUUCAUACUGGCCAAAUGGCAAUUGUUUGGCCUCAUGUAUACAUUUUUGGUGGUUGCCAAACUGUGUUCACUUCAUCUAUGAAUAUUUUCAGAGCUUUACUUUCUGAUCCAACCACUUGGGAAAUGACAUUUGGUUUGUUGCCUCAUUACACAGCUAAUGCUGCUAUUGUUUCUACCGGGGAGAAUUUAGUGGUUGUUGGUGGAGGUGCAUAUCCUGAAAAACCAGGAGGUGUAUUCAUAGCCAAGGCAAACAAAGCUGAUCCAGUAGGAUCCUGGAUGGCUGUUAGUGAAGUACUUCCAGAUUUCCAGGCUGCAGCUGGUGCUCUCAAUGGCACAGAGCUUACUCUGAUUGGACAUGAUUUUAGAACAACAACAAAUAAUCUUGAUGUUGCCAGUCUAUUAAUUGGUCAAACUGUUGAAAUUACUUUGUUUGAUAAUUAA